AGGUCGGCGCACUUGCCCACAUGGAAACUACCGAAACAUGCAGGUGGGGGCGCUGACCAUUGUCCCCCACCCCGUGGCAGCAGACCGGACUCCCGACGAAAAGCUGGGUUUGGCAUGCCACUAGAGCCGUUAUGGGCACGACCUGUCUUGGGUCGCUCCAUGCAGGCAGAGAGGCAGGCAGGCGGCUCUCGGCCGUGUCCCCCCUGGUCCCAACGCUCGCCCUGGCUAGGCCUACUUAUCCAGCAGCGGUGGCUGUGCCUGGUUCCGGACCGCACGAACCGAGCCAUCAACAACGCCCCUUUCGCCCCGUCGGAGCCUGUCCUAUCGCCUCGUCGUUCGUUGCCCGGCAUGACCACCACCAGGGGGCAGGAUGACUGCUUCCGGCACGAGCGGGGAUCUAUUCCUGGCGUCGAACACGUUGUGCGUACGUCCCCCACGGACCAUCCGACGUUGCCCUCCUCACAGCGAGCGAGCAGGUAUAUAUAUAUGCCGGCUGCAAACCCCCCAGCUGCGAGGUUUCGGCAAUGGGGCCUUACCACCCAUCUCAUCUCUUGGCAUCCGUUCGCUCCACGAUCCCAACCCGCCUGCCCACCCUCACUUUUGCUCGCUCAUCCCUCCCCUGUUGCGCCACGCGCAACCGUGCCUUUCGCUUCCCGUCUUGGCAGAGCAACCUCCCCUUGUCAACCAUGAGGCUCAGCAUCACCCUCGUCCUCCCCAGCCUCUUGGCGCUGGCCGGCGCCGUCCCGGGCCCCAAGGGCGGCGACGACAGCGGCAAGUCUGGCACGCGCGGCGACGAUGGUGGCCGCGGCGGCGGUAGUGGCAAGUGCCCCGAGGUCUGGGGGGCGGUCAAGGCGGAGCUGAACCAAAAGUUCAUGACGGGCACCGAGUGCAACGGGCUCGCCAGGGCCGCCAUCCGCGCCAUCUUCCACGACUGCGGCUCCUGGGACCAGUCGCAGGGGCUCGUCGGCGGCUGCGACGGCUCCCUCAUCACGGGCGUCACGCCCGACGUCGAGCUAGACCGGCCCGAGAACAGGGGGCUGCAGACCGUCGCCGCCUACCUCAAGGACGCCGCGGCCCGCCAUGGAACGUCGGUCGCCGACAUGAUUGUCUUUGCCGGCAACGCAGCGACCGUGCUCUGCCCAGGCGGCCCGAGGGUCAAGACCUUCAUCGGCCGCAAGGACAGCACCAACUCGGCCAAGCCGGGCGGCCUGCCCGACGUGUUCGACACGGCCGCCAACCUGGUAGACCUUUUUGCCAAGAAGGGCUACAGCCAGGCCGAGCUCGCAGCCCUGAUGGGCGCCCAUAGCACCUCGACCCAGAGGUUUGUCGAUCCGUCGCAGGCCGGCAAGGCCCAGGACUCGACACCCGGUCAAUGGGAUGUCAAGUACUACAAGGAGACCAUCGACUACGCCAAGACGGGCAAGACGCCCAACAACGUCUUUGUGUUCCCCUCGGACGCCAAGCUGGCCACUUACCAGGACGUCGGCAAGAAGUUUGAGGGCUUUGUCAAUAACCAGAACAAGUGGUCCAGCGCAUUUGGAAACGCCAUGGAGAAGAUGGCCCUUUUCGGCAACGACAAGAACAACAUGGUCGACUGCACCAACGCUCUGGGCUAAGGACUUGACGGCGUGGGGUGUGUUGUAGUCUGACGACGGCAAAGUGAGCAUGCGGCUGCGGUGUCGGCUCAGGGGAUUAACGUAAUGAUUUAAUGAUUCUCAUAUUAUAUCAAUAUCUAAUCUGGUGGCUGGCUUUGCAAGGGCUGAAACUCCUCGAGC